CCUACAGAAACUAUUUUUCCUGCUUCCCAAUUUAUGCCAUGGGAAGAAAGUUGCUCAGAUCUGGAGAUAAUGAAGCUGGAGCCAGCAUUUGUAAAAGGAUCCUGCACAUAUUACUUUCAUGCUAUAUUUAUUUUGGUUGUGCAUAUUUCUGUGUAAGACUGUUUUUGGUUUCUUCUAACUUCUCAGCUCAGACUAGGUAUUAAAAAUUCUAGCCCUAAAGGUUUUGUUUGGGGUUUGUUUGGUUGGAAAGCCAGAAGUGAUUAAAUUUUGCCUCAGCCUUAAUGAUAGCUUUAGUAGAGCAGUGGUAAAAGGACAUGAUUUUCUAGCCCUUACCUUCUCAGCCAUUAGGGUUUCCAACCAACCUCAUACAGUAGUCUUGGACAGGCUACAGAGUGGAUCAGGACUACAGUUAAAGCCUGUACAAUCUGUGCCAUGAGCCCUAUGGUACGCUGGCUUCAUCACAGAAUCCCAGCCUGGGUGAUCUCACAGGGCUCAGCUGGACCCAGAGAAGUAGCAGAGAAAUGUAAUGAACAAGAACUAUCAGAGCAAAUGAAGAGAGAUGUUUGUUUCAUGGACCAUUCAGUCUCUGAAGGACAAUAAGAAUUUUAUGUGCCACCCCUUCUUUGCCCCCAAGCAGAUGCCUCAUGCCAAGGCAGGCAUCCCACAUCAGGCAGAUGAAUAGCAGGUCUGUUCCCAGCAGCUGUACUCUCCUAUCCAGAAAAAGCAUUAGAGACUCUCUGGGACUGCAGAGUCCAGAGCUACUGUACAGUUUGCAGAGAGCUCGGGAAGAGACCUUUUGAGCAAAAGGAUGGCAUCAGAAGGGGAAAUCAUUAACCUUCAAGGGGGGAAUCCUGGCUCAAGAAGGGACAAUCCAAUCAACAUCAACCACUAUGCAACCAAGAAGAGCGUGGCAGAGAGCAUGCUGGAUGUGGCGCUGUUCAUGGCCAACGUUACACAGCUCAAAGCAGUGCUGGAGCAGGGGCCUUCAUUCCAAUAUUAUGCUACCCUGGCAGCUCUCAUCAGCAUCUCUCUCUUCUUCCAAGUGGUGAUUGGAAUUCUCCUUAUCAUCAUGGUACGGAUAAACCUGAAUGAUGUUUCAAAGCAGCUGCGCCUGAAUGUGCUCAACAACACUGCCACAGCUCUGAUCUUCAUCACAGUCAUCCUCAACAUCUUCAUCACAGCCUUUGGAGUACAGAAGACUGGGCUCUACCCUACCAGGAAUUUCAGGAGGCCUUACUGAUUCUGGAAAGCAAUGGAGUAAGGAAGUUUGCCUGGCAAGAGACAGGGAGGGAUCCCCUCUUCCAUUUUAUGCUGGCCUCGGCAGAACCCUGCGUAUCAAUGGUGACCGAAAACUCCUGGAGUUAAACUUUAAUUAUUAAGCACAUGUCAUUUUUAUACAGGCCCUGUUGCAAUGCACAUACAGCUUUGCAAAACUGAAAACAUCCUUAGAUUUUCAAAGCUAGUGAAAAUUGUGGAGAGAUUUCAGAGAGGGCUAUGCAGAGAGCAGCACACAUGCCAUCUCGCUCUCAUUUCAGUUCUCUGCUUUUCAUAUCCGGUCUUAGCUCAUUUUCUAAAAAGGACUGAAUUCUAGGUUCAAUCAUUUAUUAUGUAAGCUAAGCAUCUGUAAAUUGUCUGGCUUGUAUGCACUAAGUUUAACAUGUAAUCCCUGAACUGACACACAAAAUGUCCCAAAUGUAGGGUGCAUUUUUUAUUAUGAGGGAAGCAAGAGGUGUGUGUAUGCUUUACAAAUAUUAUUGUCACAUCACCUAUUGUAUGUUUUUAGAAAAAUAAAUAGUUUUUAAUAUUAA